GUCAGACAGAAAAUAAGAAGGCGAAAACGUGUUUUUUUCAGUUCUUGGCGGUUUAUUUUGAUUUCGAAUUCGUAUCGAAAAUGUAGUUUGCUAGCUGGCUAGUUAUUAACAAGUUGUUUUCGAAUUUUAUGUGUUUGUUUCUUAGUAAACAAACAAUACUACUAAAUGGACGGACAAGCGAAGACUAUUUUACAACGGAUUAUACGAAAAAUACCCAACAAAAAGCUAGAGGUUACUCUGAAAUCCUGGGACCGUUUAUCAACUGAGCAGCUGGAGUCUUUGGAUUGUACCCAACCAAAAUGGUUAUUUUUGGAAAACCUAAUCUCCAGAUGUGGAGAAAAAAGGCUGGGUUUGAAAGCUGUGACAAAAUUGGAGAUGGUCUAUUACAUAGACAACCCUAAUCAAGGAACCUGGCAGGCCUUUCAACUCAUGGAAGCAGAGGAUGAUGCUGUUUCUGUGAGUUUCACACAGUUUAGGGAGCGAUUCAAAGCUAACUUGGAGGAAGAUUUCAGACAUAUAUCUAUUAGGAUGAAAAAACUUGAGGAUGGGGCUAUAUGGAUUCGUAUUGCAUGGGGUGACAACUUCAGAAAGCCUAACCAUCUGAAACCAACAUACGUUGUGCAUUAUUUGCAGACUCCCUAUGUGUUUUUCCUUAAUUUCAUGUCCAAGCACAAGCCUUUCUUAUAUGAGGCUCUAUUUCGGGCCACCAGACACACAUCCAUAAAGGAAGCACACUUGAGUGGUCGAAGUCUCACUGCACUGAGAGACUUAGUAAUGAGACAGUAUCAGCAGGUUUUCCCAACAAAGGACAGAACCUUAAAGGAAAGAAAUGGAACUCCUUUGCACCCCAAUAUUGAAAAAGAGCAUGCAGAGUAUGCUGAAAGAAGACAUCAGAUGGCAUGUGAAGCAUUUGGUGAUGGAAUCCUGCCAAAGUUGGAAAGGGCUGUGUAUAAGCUUGAAACCAGAUAUAGAGGCAAUAGCAGCAACACACUGAAUGAUAAAGAUGAACUCUUCAGGGGGGUGGUCAAGUUUUCCAGCAGCAACCUCCUGCAGUCUUUUCAUCACUGUGUGGCAACAGGCAUAGUUGAAGGCCCAGUAACCCCUCUGUUGUCCUCCAUCACACAAAAAGGAAAGAACUAUUUUGUGAUCACAGACAAAGUCCCAGGAGCCACCCAUUAGAUGCCAGCUCACAAGGCUUGAUGCUGCAGAUACCAAGGAUUUUGCCUGGCUGUAUGUUUGUAUUUUCUACUUUUACCCUUGUUCAGCAAUGUUUUAUAGAUGUUUUAAUGUUUUUAAUAAAAAUGUAACCUUUCAUCAAAUGCAUUUUCUGUUUUUCCAUAUUUAGAUCUCAGUAAGGUCGAAUUUACUGUAAAUUACAACCAGAAAAUAAAUUUUAG